UCCGGGUGUGGGGCGGGCUGGCUGGCGCUGCGGCUGCCGGGCUGCUCCUUCCUCGGGCCAUUUUGCCGAAGAGCGACCGGGAGGAGGAGCCGCCGAAGAGACCCUAGGCGAGCAGUAGCGAGCCGGAGGACGCGGCGGCAGCGCGGGCCUGGGCUUCCCUCGAUCGCGGGGAUCUCGAGGGGCGAAAGGAUCGCCAGGGAGGGGGACCGGAGAGCCGCGCCCGCCGCGCGGCGCGCCCCUUCCCGCCCCCUGCACCAUGAGCUGGGGUACCGAGCUCUGGGAUCAAUUCGACAACUUAGAAAAACACACACAGUGGGGCAUCGACAUUCUUGAGAAAUACAUCAAGUUCGUAAAGGAAAGGACAGAGAUCGAACUCAGCUAUGCAAAGCAACUCAGGAAUCUUUCGAAGAAAUACCAACCUAAAAAGAACUCGAAGGAGGAGGAAGAAUACAGGUACACGGCCUGCCAGGCCUUCCUCUCCACGCUGAACGAGAUGAACGACUACGCCGGCCAGCACGAGGUCAUCUCGGAGAACCUGACCUCGAAGAUCAUCGCGGGGCUGGCGCGCUACGUCCAGGAGCUGAAGCAGGAAAGGAAAUCGCACUUUCACGACGGACGGAAGGCCCAGCAGCACAUAGAGACAUGCUGGAAGCAGCUGGAGUCGAGCAAGAGGCGGUUCGAGCGGGAGUGCAAGGAGGCAGACCGGGCACAGCAGUACUUCGAGAAAAUGGACGCCGACAUCAACGUCACCAAAGCAGAUGUCGAAAAGGCACGACAACAAGCUCAGCUACGUCACCAAAUGGCCGAGGACAGCAAGGCGGACUACUCCUCGAUUCUCCAGAAAUUCAACCACGAGCAGCGCGAGUAUUACUACACUCACAUCCCCACCAUAUUCCAGCAAAUACAGGAGAUGGAGGAGAGGAGGAUAGUGCGGCUCGGGGAGUCCAUGAAGACCUACGCGGAGGUGGACCGGCAGGUGACCCCGAUCAUCGGCAAGUGCCUGGACGGCAUCGUGAAGGCCGCCGAGGCCAUCGACCAGAAAAACGACUCACAGCUGGUCAUAGAAGCUUACAAGUCGGGGUUCGAGCCGCCCGGGGACAUCGAGUUUGAGGACUACACUCAGCCGAUGAAGCGCACCGUGUCAGAAAACAGCCUCUCCAACUCCAGAGGGGAAGGCAAGGCCGAGCCCAAGUUCGGCGGCAAAGCCAAAGGGAAGCUGUGGCCGUUCAUCAAGAAAAACAAGCUUAUGUCCCUUUUAACAUCCCCCCAUCAGCCUCCCCCCCCUCCCCCCGCCUCUGCCUCACCCUCUGCUGUUCCCAACGGCCCCCAGUCUCCCAAGCAGCCAAAGGAACCCCUCUCCCAUCGCUUCAACGAGUUCAUGACCUCCAAACCCAAAAUCCACUGCUUCAGGAGCCUAAAGCGAGGGACUCAGUCUUUCUGUGUUCACAAAGAACUCACGAAGAGGACGAUAGGGAAACCCACGUAUGCUUUUGAAGCUAGGGACUAUGUUCUUUCUCUCAAGCUGGGCUCCACGCCAGAGGACUUCAGCAACCUCCCACCUGAGCAGAGAAGGAAAAAGCUCCAACAGAAAGUCGAUGAACUAAACAAAGACAUUCAGAAGGAAGUGGAUCAAAGAGAUGCUAUAACGAAAAUGAAAGACGUUUACCUAAAGAACCCUCAGAUGGGAGACCCGGCCAGUCUGGACCACAAAUUAGCAGAAGUCAACCAAAAUAUAGAGAAGCUGCGUCUGGAGGCCCAGAAAUUUGAGGCCUGGCUGGCGGAGGUGGAAGGCAGGCUCCCGGCCCGUGGCGAGCAGGCCCGCAGGCAGAGCGGGCUGUACGACGCCCAGAGCGCCCCGGCCGUCAACAACUGCGCGCAGGCCCGGGAGAGCAGCCCGGAUGGCAGUUACACGGAGGAGCAGAGUCAGGAGAGCGAGGUGAAGGUGCCUGCCAUGGACUUCGACGACGAGUUCGACGACGAGGAGCCCCUGCCAGCCAUCGGGACGUGCAAAGCCCUCUACACGUUCGAUGGUCAGAACGAAGGAACCAUUUCCGUGGUGGAAGGAGAGACGCUGUACGUCAUCGAGGAGGACAAAGGGGACGGGUGGACCCGCAUCCGGCGGAGCGAAGACGAAGAGGGCUAUGUCCCCACUUCCUACGUCGAAGUCUAUUUGGACAAAAAUGCCAAAGAUUCCUAGAGGCGUGCGAGCCGGAGCCCCCGGAGCCUUCCCUGGAGAAACCCUUCGGUCCGCUGGUCUCCGCAGGCCUGGUGCGGACACACCGCUCUCGGGCCGGGCUGGGCCGGAGCGCGGCCCUGGUCGCCUUGGCCCGAAGUGACAUCCCCGGCUGCUUGCCUUUUCAUUCUUUUCUUUUCCCAGCAUGCUCCAUGUGGCUCAGCUCCUCCCCCCCGCCCCGGGCCGUGGUCCGGCCACCUCCCGGGGCGGGGGGGGAAGGUCUGCCCCCAUCCCGGUCCUCACCCCGCGCAGGACCGUGGAAGGUGGGUAGACACGGGCUCCCCCAGCUCCUGCCACAGCCCUCAGUCCUCCUGGCCUGGCCCGGCCCGCCCACGGUUCACACUGUGCCUUUUGUGAAAACUUUGCCACUGGCGGUGCACUUGACCACCAGUCUCCUGGGGAGACGGACGGAGUCAGGUCGGGAGCGCCCCAGGUGGACUGAGCACCUGAGUGUCACUGAUGUGGUCCCGCGUCACUCGCUCUGGAAAACACUCGUCUUUCCCCCGGUCCAUCGAGCGUUCAGUGGGCCUUUUCCGGUGGCAGGUCCUCGCCUCUUACUCUGUCACAGCCUGUGAGUGUCCGUGGUGGGCAGCUGAGCACACGCACACACAUGCAGGUACACGUGUGCACACGCACACCUGUGUAUGCAUACAUGUUCACUGGGGGCCCUGCCCGCUGGGUCUCGCCUGGGCCCAGCUCUCACGGGGCCGAGGACCGAGUCCCCAGGAGCCGCAGAGCCUGGCGAGCGAAGGUCCCCCCGCACGUUAGCUCCUCGCCAAGGGAAAAGCCCCCUCUCUCAUGAACCCCACAGUUGGCAUCUUAGGGUUUUAGCGCUUCCAUCACCAAAGACCCUGUGCUUCUCGCAGUCCUUCUAGGGACCCCGUGGCUCCCGCUUCUGCGUUUGUCGUGUGCUCUCCCGGCCGCGUGGGAUUCACUGAGCUUGCUUUCUGAGCCUCGGGCCCCCCUGCUCCCGGAUCCCGGAGGGUCCGGAGGAAAACUGCGGUCGGUCACGUAGCCUGUCUCCACUCAUGCCUCCGAGUGGUGCGGCGGCUCUGGUCUGGUGCGGAGACCAUCGGAGAGGCCGUUGCCCAAGGGUAACAUCAGGCAAGGCCUCUUCCUACUUUUGUUUGGCUGUUGGUAGCCGGGUGGCCCCCUCGGGCAUUCUCGGUUCUCCUUGAUGUUGAUGAAGCUAAGACGUGGGAGCCCGAGGGGCAGGGGCAGGGACGGCAGGUCCUGAGGUUCGGGCCUCUGUCAGGUGGCAGGGAGAUGGCUCCUCUCAGCUCACCAGGGCUGACCGCCCACCCCCCAGCAGCUCAGCCCACCCUCGGUGACCACAGCCAGGAGCAAGCAGACGCCUGGGGCAUGCGGGCGAAGAGGAAGUGACUUCAGGUUUAGGGCGAGCGAGGGACCCACCUGGGCCCUCUUGCUCCUGCUUCCCGGGAGGUGGGGCCAGACCCAGGGGUGCGGACCGCCUGCCCCGAGCCUUGCAGCUGGGGGGUCUCAGGGCUGCAGUCCUUGAAGCAGCUUCUGCUCCCCACAACGGGCCGCACUUUGUAGCAAGAAUCAGUCUCAGGUGGGGACAGGUGUGGCAAAGGGGACACUGAAGCCAGGAUGCCAAAGGUGAGAAGAGCCAGGGCCUCACCUGCAUCCCUGCAAGCCAACAGGUGCAUGGUUAAUUCGGGCAGGCAGUCCCAGCGGCCCCGCCGGGGGCUCCUCUGUCGGCGGGGUGACGAGGUCUCCCCGGGACCUGCUGAAGUUCCCCAGGCCCAGCCUGCCAACUCUCCACGCCACCAGGAUGUGAACGGUUUUUGGAACCUGACCUUGGAGCUCAGUGACGCAUGGGCAUUGCAUCUCCCAGUGGGUCAGGACACAUGGAUUCCUCGAGACACGGGGGAGAAAGCACGAGCUGCGGGGAUCUGUCCUUCGAACGUCUGCACAACCCAGUGUCCGCCCGUGUCCUCUCGUGUCCCCGCGCCCUGUUUUUCCUUCUCUGCCACCUGCGUCCGAGAAAGAAUGGACAAUGAGCGCUUUUCAACGUUGACCUUGGAGUUUGCUUCUCUGCCGAUCCAGGUGGCCGCGUGGACGGGCGGUGCUGCGCCAGCUGGGCUUACUAAAGGAAACGCUUAUUCCACGACCUUGAGAUCCCGUAUAUCCUUCCCUCUGGGACCCCGGCGACACCACCUGCUGUCCGGGGAGCGGUUCGCGUAGAGUAGAAACUCGGAAUUCCCCACGUGCCCCUCAGCCACCCCGGAGCCCGCUGCCUGUCAUUUCUCCGCCCACGCUAGGAUGCCGUCAUGUUGUAAGAACCAUGAAUGUGUGUCGAGAACCUGCCCCCCAAAAAGGACUCGAAGCGGAAGAGGGGGACGUGUCGCUGCCCCGUGUCUCCUCUGCAGGGCGGGACUCCGUGCCACGGCGGGGAUCGCCGGAAGGGGGCUUUGCUUCAUGGGGUUCCUUCUUGCAGCUUCCAAGCUCUGAGCCUCCGGCAACGUAAGCCCGCAGCUUGUCCCGCCAGCGAGCACGCAAGGGCCUCUGGGUAGUGCCUGCGGAAGAACGUUCGCUGGACAAGAAAGGUGUGCGCGGAGCCCAGCGCUUCCCCAGAAAGUUUAGUUUCGGACUCCUCAACGGCCCUGCCUCCGGCGCUCCUGCCGUCACAAAGCCUCUCUAAAAAGCGAUCCGAGGGCCCGCCGUAACCUGCUUGUGGUUUCCCUGUGUGUGCUGCACUAAUUCUAAACCGCAGUGGGGGCACUUCCCUGCUGUGGUGGCCACACCACGUGGCCGCUGUCCCGGUUCUGGAGUUGCCUGUUUGUCUCCGGAGAUAGAAUUAAACCAAAUACCGUGUUCCAUGGGAAGGCUUCUGUUGACCCUGUAACUGUAUGUUAAUCCUCUAAGUGUUCAAUAAAAGCCUGACUUCUG